AUGUCCGACAUCGAUGGAGAAAGGGCCAUGGAAUUCAUGGAUGUCCUCGACGUCUCCAUCGAACAAUUCAUGGCCAACGUUCUUCCCAUAAUGAACAUGCCUUGGGAAACUCUCGCUCCAGAAGAUGCGGAAGUUGCUCGUCAGUUGAAAGACAUUCUCGUUCACUCGCCCGACACUACUCGCAUCCUCUCGUCGCCCACGUCCACGACAUCUCGCGAAAUCGCGCCCGCGGACACAUCUUUCUCUUUUGACCGUUCGACAUCCACCGACGACACCCUCAGCGGGUACGACACCUCCUUCGUCCGACAGGGCGACAGCUCCGGACUAUCAGACAGUUCCGACUCGUCCGGUGACCUCCGAUCGCUCUCGAUCUCCUCGCUCUCGCAGAGCCAGGAGCUCGCCAUUUUCAACUCUCCUCCACCCCUCGCUCGCCGUUCGAACCUCUCUCUCUCGCUCUCGUUCACCUCCAGGCAUGACGUCAACAAGCGACGACGUGGUCCGUGCGCGCCCACAUCUACGACCACUUUCUUCGGAUUCCGGGUGAACAAUAUCAUGAGCUGGAUCAUAACUUGCGCUCCCGAGCCGGCCAUGGAUUGUAUCUCAGAUAUACCUUCCACUCAGACUUCAAAGUCCGCAAAGGUCUCCGCACGCAUUCACCCCAACCCGAUAGCCACAUUCAUGAAACUGCGCGGGCUAAAAUCCCGAAUGUGCUCAGCGGAAAGUGAGCUUGAAGUCCGGUGCCCUGUGUGGUUUAAGAAGAUGCAGGUGAGGGUCGGCGGGAGGACACAUAGUCCGGCACCGUCUUUCAGCGGGGUGUCAACGUCCAGCAUACCCGUUGAUAAGCUCAGAGGCCAAGUCGAGACUGUUGAAGUUAUUGUGGCGGAGCUGGGAAAAGAGGUGAAGGAGCUGGGAAAAGAGGUGAAGGAGUUGAAUAAGUGCUUCGCGGACUUGGCUGAAGAGAUGAAGAGGCGUGAUGAGGAGACGGAGAAGCGCUUUGCACAGUUAGGAGAGGAGAUGAAGGACAUAAAGGAUGUCGAUUCCACAUACUCGGGCGAGAACGAAAUAUACGUCAUCUCAUCAGACGCAGGGAACUACUACACCUUCUCCGAAUGCAUCUCCCUGUAA